AUUUAUUAUUAAAAAAAAAAAAAUGCCAAAUAGUUUAACAAAUUUAGCAGAUAGUAUUGAACCAGGGAGCAUAUCACAUACGAUUGGGAAUUUGGCUCGUGUAGCGACAACACGCCACCAUCACUCAGCUCAUUUAAGUAGUACAGCUUUACCUGUACCACAACCACCUCAACAUACAAAUGUCGCCGUCCAUUCUCAUGAGCAUGCUCAUUCAGUAGAGUUAUCCUCGAGUGCUCCUAAUCAUUACUCUCAAUCCAUCACCAAUACUUUUCUCAUCUCGAUAAUAGACGUAAUUCACAAGUGAGUCUAAGUGCUGUGGAUGGUUCUUCUAAUAAUAUGGUAAUCGAAUUUGAUAGUGGUGCUCAUGUCAUCGUAAGACCUAAUCGAAUCAUUCGAGGGAAGGUUAUUUUGACAGCUGUUGAACGCUUAUACGUAACGAAAAUUAGAAUUAAGUUUCGUGCAGAAGAAAUUGCUAUUGUAAGAAUUGAUGAAGGAGGAGGAGAAAUUAGAGGAUUUGAUAGAUUACAUGAAAAAAUUACAACCUUUUUUGAAGUGGAAUGGAAACUAUGGGGAAAUGAUAGUACAGAUUAUUCACAAGCUGCUUGGGAUGAAUUAGAACCGGGGAAAUAUGAAUUUCCUUUUGCUUUAAAGUUUCCAAAUGUGAAUUACCCACCUUCCAUGGAAGAACCAAAAGGAUUUAGUAUUCGUUAUGUUUGGACAGCACAAGUAAAUGGACCUGGUCUUCAAUCAGGACUUAAAAGUAGAGAAUAUUUAACACCUUAUAGACCUAUUAUUGUAUCUACUCCAGAUCGUGAGUGGGAAUAUAAAAAGACAUUAAUGAACGAUAAAAAGACAGCAAUAGCGGAAGUAGUUGCAAAAUUAAUUAAACAAUCUUAUUGUCCUGGUAAUAUUCAUAUAUACUUGCGUGUGUGUGUGUGUGUGUAUGAACCAUUUAUAAUGCAUUUGAAAAUAGUACCAAGUCAAACAGAUUCUAAAAUUACUUCAGUGAUAUUUAAAUUCCGUAAGCACCAUGAAGGUAAAAUGCUUGUAUUAAGGGGAACUGCUUUUAGAGAACAUAUUCGAGUUGUAUUACAAGGACAUGCACCAGUUUCUAGCACAGAUUCUAAAUUUGAAGACGAUAUUGCAUUUGAUGUUCCUACACGACUUGUGUCCCCUUCUUUCAUAUCUCAUCAUACAAGAGUAUAUUACGAUUUACAAUUUCAAGUAUCGAUUGAACAUGGAGGAGGACUAUUUAGAUCCACUCAUAUUGCCGAGUUUUCAAUUCCAAUUACUAUUGCUAAUUUACCUUAUGAUCAAUUACUACGUAUUCCCAGAUUAACCUCUAUUGAAACAUACAAGACUAGUAAAGAAUGUCCCCAAUUCUUUGAUCCUACUUUAGAUGAACCGCCUAAUCAAACAGGCUUGCCAAGUGAACUCUAUGGUACCAUCCAAGCUGCCUUAAUGACCUCUACUCCUAGAGACGAUCCACCCAAUUACUUUAGUAUUCCUACUUUACCACCACAAUUUGAAAUACGUAAAGAACGUAAAGAGAGAUCCAUCUAUUUAACACGUUCAAUAAAAAGUAGUGCACAAGGAUCUGAAUUAGUAGAAGCCAUGGUCAUUCCAGGUUUAUUUGAUGAAAGCUGGUAGAAUAUACACAUAUCAUUUAACCUAUUUUAAUCUGCAUGCAUCUAUCUAUAUGCCUUUAUAUAUAUAUGUGUGUAUGUAUAUUCAUAUAUACAUCUAUUUUUUGUAAGUCUUAUGUUGCCAAGUUGACCACAUCCUUUAUGUAUAUAAAUAUAAAUUUAUAUAAAAAAAAAAAAGAGUUUUAUUA